CUGUUUCCUUAUAAAAAUAUUCCCGUUAAUCUUUCCUAAAUUUCUCCGGCUAAUCUCUCCUCUUUCCAGCCCUGCUCCGAAUCUCGCUUUGUAGCUACUGAUUGAGGCGCUGCUAUCGAACCAGAAUUUCGUCUUUUUUUCUUCGAGUUAGGGUUUGAGAAAUUCGAUCGCCGGAGAUGGCUCCUAAUGAUCCGAAGCAAGGCGGUGGUUUUUUCGCUUCGAUCGCUUCUACUCUGUCUAAUUUUGGUAGCGCCAUGACGAAAUCAGUCAACGGUUUGUUGGGUUAUGAGGGAUUGGAAGUUAUUAAUCCAGAAGGAGGCACUGAAGAUGCUGAAGAGGAAGCAAAGAGAGGAAGAUGGAAACAGGAGGACAGGGACAGUUACUGGAAGAUGAUGCAGAAUUAUAUUGGAGCUGAUGUCACAUCAAUGGUAACACUACCGGUACUUAUUUUUGAGCCAAUGACAAUGCUUCAGAAAAUGGAUGAGUUAAUGGAAUACUCCUACCUGCUAGAUAUGGCUGAUGAAUGUGAGGAUCCUUAUAUGCGAUUGGUGUAUGCCACAUCAUGGGCUAUAUCUGUCUAUUAUGCAUACCAACGUACCUGGAAGCCAUUCAAUCCAAUACUUGGAGAGACUUAUGAAAUGGUUAAUCAUGGUGGUAUCACCUUUAUAGCUGAACAGGUUAGCCAUCAUCCCCCCAUGAGUGCUGGUCAUGCUGAAAACCAGCAUUUCAUUUAUGAUAUAACUUCAAAGCUGAAGACUAAAUUUUUGGGGAAUUCAAUUGAUAUCUAUCCUGUUGGAAGGACCCGUGUGACCCUGAAAAGGGAUGGUAUAGUUCUUGAUUUGGUGCCUCCUCCCACAAAAGUAAACAAUUUGAUAUUUGGACGUACUUGGGUUGACUCACCUGGGGAGAUGAUCAUGACAAACCUGACCACAGGGGACAAAGCUGUUCUUUAUUUUCAACCAUGUGGUUGGUUUGGAGCUGGCCGCUAUGAAGUGGAUGGAUAUAUAUACAAUGCAGCUGAGGAACCCAAGAUACUGAUGACUGGGAAAUGGAAUGAGUCAAUGAGUUAUCAACUCUGUGAUGGUGAAGGAGAACCCCUUCCAGGCACUGAACUUAAGGAGGUGUGGAGAGUUGCCGCUGCUCCAAAGAAUGACAAAUUCCAGUACACAUACUUUGCACACAAGAUAAACAGCUUUGAUACUGCCCCCAAGAAUCUGUUGGCAUCCGAUUCUCGUUUACGUCCAGAUAGAUAUGCCUUAGAGCAGGGUGACCUCUCCAAAGCUGGUUCUGAAAAGAGCAGUUUGGAGGAAAGACAGCGAGCUGAAAAGAGAAACCGAGAAGCGAAGGGUCAUCAAUUCACCCCAAAAUGGUUUGACCUUACAAGUGAAGUGACUCCUACACCAUGGGGUGAUUUGGAAGUGUACCAGUUCAAUGGCAAGUACGUCGAACAUCGGGCUGCUGUCGAUAGCUCAAGUAGCGCUGUAGAAAUUGACAAUAUGUCAACUGAAUUCAAUCCCUGGCAAUAUGAAGAUCUUGCUGCGCAAUAGAGAAUAAGCCUGUGUUCUAGAAUUUUCUUACCUUUUGCCUGUAUAAUAUUAUUCAAUCUUUUUAUAUGUUCUAUUCACCGUCUUGUGGUUAUUUACGAAUCGUGACAUCACAAUUAAUAUUAAAAUUGUUAGUUUUUA